AUGACUGGUGAAGGACUUGAAUUCCAGCGCCGCGGGUCCGUGGCUACAGAGCGCCGGCUAUCACAGCUGUUCAAAAGAAAUGCCUGGUCGGCCCCUCCGUCGGAUAACAUCUACGCAGGAAUUUCGACCUAUCAUUCUGACGAUCAUGUCUCCGUUCUCGCAAUCUCCGUCCGAGACACUACAUACCUGCUCGACUCCAUCGAAAAAGUGCUCGAUCAUGGAAAACGUCCAUCUGCCGAAGAGGCAACCGAGUUUAUCAUCUCUCGGCUCAGAGCAUAUGGAGAGAAACACAUGGAGAAGAUCAUCGGAGCGGCAAUGCCCAUGCACCUUGCGGACCGUUGCUCUCAACUUUGUUCGCGCCUCUGGACCGAGCUCGAUAUCAUCCCACUAGUGUUGCCCGAGUCCAGCUUGAUGGGACGGUAUACCUCGCAAGCACAGACUGAUGAAUGUGCGUGGGAUGCCAGAGCGAUCGAUGAACAGGCCGAAGCGAUGUCACGGAAAUGUGUCCGAUUGUUUGGACCGGAAAACGUUCCCUUGCUGCAAGUGGGUUAUAUGGGCCUCGUGGAGGUGGACACCGACUUCCACGUGCGACUAGCGAAUCUUGAAGAUUUCCAGGCAACUGUGUCUCCCCAUACCUGGGCAGCGGUACAGCAUUAUGCUUCGGAUCUCAAGAAGCGGAAAGUCAGAAUUGCAUUCUUUAGUGCGACGCCGCAAGGUGGUGGUGUGGCAUUGAUGCGACAUGCUCUGGUGCGACUGUCACAUUCAUUGGACACAGAUAUUAAAUGGUACGUCCCGAAGCCCCGACCAGGCGUGUUUCGAAUCACCAAGAACAACCACAACAUCCUUCAAGGCGUUGCAAGCCCCGAUGAACGCUUAAGCUCGGAAAAUCAAAAGGCAUUGACGGAAUGGAUCGAAGAUAAUGCGAGGCGCUACUGGUCCUACCCAGGCGGCCCUCUGUGCUCACCAUCAGAUGGCGGAGCAGAUGUGAUCAUUGUAGAUGAUCCCCAGAUGCCAGGAUUGAUUCCUAUUGCCAAGCAAAAAGCUCCAAACCGGCCAGUUAUCUUCCGGAGUCACAUUCAGAUUCGAAGCGACCUUGUUGAUACGCCGGGCACCCCACAAGCAGAAGCAUGGGCCUUUCUUUGGAAGCAGAUUCAACUUGCCGACUGCUUUAUCAGUCACCCCGUGAAAACCUUUGUGCCUCAAGAUGUGCCCACUAAAAUGCUCGGCUACAUGCCGGCCACGACCGAUUGGCUGGAUGGCUUGAAUAAGAACAUGCGCGAGUGGGAUGUGGCACACUACGGCCGCAUAUUCAACGCGGCAUGCAGAAAUGCAGGCAUGCCGAUUAUCCAGUAUCCAGACGAUCAGUACAUCGUGCAGAUCGCACGGUUCGACCCAGCUAAAGGUAUCUUCGAUGUGCUAGACUCGUACGAGAAAUUUUUCAAUCGACUUGCCCAGAACCGGCCAGAUGUCAGACCGCCAAAGCUCUUGAUCUGCGGACAUGGCUCCGUAGAUGACCCAGACGGAGCAGUAAUAUACGACCAAGUGAUAGAUCACAUUGAGCACAAUUUAACAGACAUCCGUGACUUCAUCUGCGUGAUGCGAUUGAGGAACUCAGAUCAAAUUUUGAACACCGUCCUAUCCAAAGCCAAAAUUGCCCUGCAGCUUUCCACCAGAGAAGGAUUCGAGGUGAAAGUAUCCGAGGCGAUUCACAAGGGCAAACCGGUUAUAGCCACGCGGGCUGGUGGCAUCCCACUUCAAGUGGAGAAUAAUAAGAACGGCUUCUUGGUGGAUAUCGGUGACACCGAUGCUGUGGCGGGGCAUUUGUACGAUCUAUGGACCGACGAGGCACUCUAUGACCGCAUGGCGGCGUAUGCGAUCAGUCACGUUUGCGAUGAGGUUAGUACGGUGGGUAACGCGCUGUCCUGGCUAUACCUUUGCUCGACGUUCUCGAAAGGUGAGUCUGUGCAGCCGCACGGUCGGUGGAUCAACGAUAUGGCCUUUGAAGCAAGUGGUAUUCGCCCGGAUGAUAUGCCUCGAAUGAAGCGGGCUGUAGAGGUCGCCAAAAUGGGAUGA